AUGAGCCACCGGCCCCAGGGCCUGGGGGAGGAAGCUGGGACCUGUCUUUUUCCUGCCCCUACAGGUGACAGGUCUGGGAGGAGAUCCUCCAGGAAGCCAGCCCCCAAAGCAGAGGGUGUGACAGGCAGGUGUGGAGGCCCUACUGGCCAGGAGCGGGCCAAGGGCAGCCCAAGGCCAGACUCCCCCCAAAGGAAGCAGGUAGAGCACAAGAGACACCGAGAAGAGCUGGGGAAACAGAAGCGGAGCACAGCCCAGAGGACCCGAGAGGGGAGGAAGAAGAAGGAUGGGAAGGCUUCCCUUAAGGAGCAGAGAGCAUCCCCAAAGAAGGAGAAGGAGGUGCCGAAGAAGGAGAUGUGGAAGCAACUGAAGAAACACAGAUCGCCCUCCCUGGCCUCCAGCACCUCUGCUGGGGAGUCUCUGUCUGAGGAGGAGCUGGCCAGGAUCCUGGAGCAGGUGGAAGAGAAGAAGAAGCUCAUCACCCACAUGCGCAACAAGCCCUGGCCCAUGGCGAAGAAGCUUACGGAGCUCAGGGAGGCCCAAGAAUUUGUGGAGAAGUAUGAAGGAGCCUUGGGAAAAGGGAAAGGCAAGCGACUCUACGCCUAUAGGAUGCUGAUGACCAAGAAAUGGAUCAAGUUUAAGAGAGACUUUGAUAAUUUCAAGACUCAGUGUAUUCCCUGGGAAAUGAAGAUCAAGGACAUUGAAAGUCACUUUGGUUCUUCAGUGGCAUCAUAUUUCAUCUUUCUCCGAUGGAUGUAUGGUGUUAACCUUGUCCUUUUUGGCUUAAUAUUUGGGCUAGUCAUAAUCCCAGAGGUACUGAUGGGCAUGCCCUAUGGAAGUAUACCCAGAAAGACAGUGCCACGGGCAGAGGAAGAAAGAGCCAUGGACUUUUCCGUCCUUUGGGAUUUUGAGGGCUACAUGAAAUACUCCGCUCUCUUCUACGGCUACUACAACGACCAGAGGACCAUCGGGUGGCUGAGGUACAGACUGCCCAUGGCUUACUUUAUGGUGGGGGUCAGCGUGUUCGGCUAUAGCCUGAUGAUUGUCAUUAGAUCGAUGGCCAGCAACACCCAGGGCGGCACCGGCGAAGGGGAGAGUGAUAACUUCACAUUCAGCUUCAAGAUGUUCACCAGCUGGGACUACCUGAUCGGCAAUUCAGAGACGGCUGACAACAAAUAUGUGUCCAUCACCACCAGCUUCAAGGAAUCAAUAGUGGAUGAACAAGAAAGUAACAAAGAAGAAAAUAUUCACCUGACAAGAUUUCUCCGUGUCCUGGCCAACUUCCUCAUCAUCUGCUGUUUGUGUGGGAGCGGGUACCUCAUUUACUUUGUGGUGAAGCGAUCCCAGGAAUUCUCCAAAAUGCAGAAUGUCAGCUGGUAUGAAAGGAAUGAGGUUGAAAUUGUGAUGUCCCUGCUUGGGAUGUUUUGUCCCCCCCUGUUUGAAACGAUCGCUGCCCUGGAGAACUACCACCCACGCAUUGGGCUGAAGUGGCAGCUGGGACGUAUCUUUGCACUCUUCCUGGGGAAUCUCUACACGUUCCUCUUGGCCCUGAUGGAUGACGUCCACCUCAAGCUUUCUAAUGAAGAGAAAAUAAAGAACAUCACUCACUGGACUCUGUUUAACUAUUACAACUCCUCGGGUUGGAACGAGAGUGUCCCCCGGCCACCCCUGCACCCUGCUGACGUGCCGCGCGGCUCUUGCUGGGAGACAGCCGUGGGCAUUGAAUUCGUGAGGUUGACAGUGUCCGACAUGCUGGUAACAUACAUCACCAUCCUGGUGGGGGACUUCCUGAGGGCGUGUUUUGUCCGGUUCAUGAACUACUGCUGGUGCUGGGACCUGGAGGCUGGAUUUCCUUCAUAUGCUGAGUUUGAUAUUAGUGGAAAUGUGCUUGGUUUGAUCUUCAACCAAGGCAUGAUCUGGAUGGGCUCCUUCUAUGCCCCAGGACUGGUGGGCAUCAACGUGCUGCGCCUGCUGACCUCCAUGUACUUCCAGUGCUGGGCGGUGAUGAGCAGUAACGUGCCCCACGAACGCGUGUUCAAAGCCUCCCGAUCCAACAACUUCUACAUGGGCCUCCUGCUGCUGGUGCUCUUCCUCAGCCUCCUGCCAGUGGCCUACACCAUCAUGUCCCUCCCGCCCUCCUUUGACUGCGGGCCAUUCAGUGGGAAAAACAGAAUGUAUGACGUCAUCCAAGAGACCGUUGAGAAUGAUUUUCCAACCUUCCUGGGCAAGAUCUUUGCGUUCAUCGCCAAUCCAGGCCUGAUCAUUCCAGCCAUCCUGCUGAUGUUCCUGGCCAUCUACUACCUGAACUCAGUUUCCAAAACCCUUUCCCGCGCUAAUGCCCAGCUGAGGAAGAAAAUCCAAGCGCUCCGUGAAGUUGAGAAGAGCCACAAAUCUGUCAAAGGCAGAGCCACAGCCAGAGAUUCCGAGGACACAGCUAAAGGCAGCUCCAAAAAUGCCACCAAAGCAGGGACCAUGCCUGCCUCUGCCAGCCAAAGCCAGGCCCUGGGCAAGAAGGUGCAGGGCCCUGGGACCUCCAGUUCUGCCAGUGGGACCAUGCUGCCUGCCUCCAGUCACCUCCCUCUAUCUCGGCCGCCUGGCAUCAGACCAGAUCCUGGCCACGCCGGGCCUCAGACUCAUCCUGGGAGGUCAGCCUCUAGAAAGAGUGCUCAGAGACCUCCCCACUGACAGCGGGGACUCAGAGGAGCCCCUUCCUGGGGCUGAACCUGGAGCCCCACCAGCUCACAUGCCCAAAUCGGUGUUUUCUCUCCUCUCUCACACACGUUCUCUCUCCUCUUAUUGAAUGUGGGGAUUUUGAUUACUUAAUCUCAGACCAUGGCUUCCUGUCUCCCCAUAAUUAUCCUUCCCAGUAUCUUGGUGCAGGUAGCUCUGGACCUUGCACACUCAUGGUGCCUUCCCUUGGCUCCAGGCUUUGGGAGAAGGGGGCAGGGCUGUGACCACCAUCAUGGACUUUACUCAUGGCACCCACAUUGGGACACAGGUUUCUACCAGCUCCACCAACUGGGAGGAGGGUGCACAGAGGCCAUAUCCUGACCAUCAUCUCUAUACAAAGGAGGUGAGAUGGUUAGAAUAAAAGGUACAAGAAGCUAAUGAAAAUAAAACUAAAUGGACCCAAGUCCAGCCAUGGUGAGUGGGAAGGUGGUGACUCAGAACCCAGUCUGAGGGGGAGCCGAUGCCAUGAAGCACCAGAAAUGCACUGGAGCCUCCUAGCAGCAAGGCAAUGAGGGAGUAACAUAGUCCUUCUUAUCUAAUUGAAGGAAACUUAAGAUUGCUCAGGGCAGAAAAUCUUCCUCAUGCACCAAAUUAUAAAAGGAAUGUGAUAGCCUGUUUAUUGUAUAGAAGAAGCUGAGGAUGAUCUCUGGGGCGUUUUACAAAGGGUGCAAUGCAGAGCCUUGCCUUGACCAUCGUGUUCACGCAGGGGUGGGGAACGUUUUUUCUGCCCAGGGCCAUUUGGAUAUUUAUAACAUCAUUCCAGGGCCAUACAAAACCAUCACCCUUAAAAGUAGCCUGCUGUAUUUGGGCAGACAUUUCAUUAACUCACCUCUAAUGCCUUGGCAAGGCCAGACUAAAUGAUUAUGCGGCCUUACAUGGCCCGAAGGCUGAAUGAUUCCCCACUCUUGACUAGUGUCACGGGGUUCUCUGCAAAAUGUCUCCAGGCAGCAUAAGCCAGGAGGCCAGGCCAUUGAGAAGGUGUUGCCAGCAAGGGCAAAGGCUCAGCACAGUCACAAUCCAAGACUCUUCAGUAGCCAGGUAUCUUGCUGGCUGUUCCCGUCUUUCUUCUACCUGGUGCCCCAAAACCCAGGUGAGCAUGUGGCUUCAGGAUCAAGGGACACUCUCACUCCAUGUCUCUGCACAUCCUAAAAGUAGUCCUGUCCCUCAACCACCACCCAAUCGAGUCCCCAGAGACUCUCUGGAGAGUCCCCACACCCUGGAAGUCCUGCCAAGUCCUGAUGGAGAUUUCAUAAGCUACACAAUUCAAGUAAUCUCCAACGUCCUUCCCUUCCCCAGCCCAGCUCCAAAACGCCACACACAACCUGGGAUGGAGAGAGAUAAACUAUAAAUUAUUUCUCCCAAGUUCAUCUCCAGGCAAGACUAAGUAAGAUAUGGCUGAUGCCCCAUCUUCCUGGAACCGAGAUCCCACCCCCCAAUCCAAAAAUGUUUGUGCAUCAUACUCCUUCUGUAGAGUACACCCCGGUUUCAAACUAACCUACCUGAGACCUCAACAUAAGAAUCAACGGAAUCUAAUCCAACUAUCAGGACUGCAAGACCCAACAUUGGCCACCACGCUGAUACCUGGCCUUCAAGUCAUCCUGCCUGGGGAUAAUGCCAGCCCCUGGGGAAGGGAACAAGAGAGGCCUCAGUCAUCACUCCUGGCAGUGACUACUGUCAGGCUUCUAAUGGCUAUCAAUAUACCUAAACACCCACCAUAAACACAAACAAAUUAUCCUGUUCUGGUGAUGCAUAAUUUUAUGUGAGGGAAUACUUGCUUUAUAUUGCUUAUCAACAAACUGUCCCCAAAAUUUUAGAGCUUAAAACAAUAAACAUUUAUUAUCUCUUACAGUUUCCUGUGGAUCAAGAAUUUGGGAAUGAUAAUAUUGUAAUAACAAUGUAGGGUUUCAGCUAGGUACUUGAAUGAUUGGGAGAAUCACUUCAUAAAUUAUAGAAUUGUCUAACCACUAUGCUGUACACCUGAAACUAAUAUAAAAUAAUGCUGAAUGUCAACUGUAACUAAAAAAUAAAAUAAAAAUA